AUGAGCAACCUGAAGCCGGACAGCGAGCACAGCACCAGCACCGGCACCGGCACCGGCACCGGCAUCGGCGGCAGCUUGGAAGAGGAAGUCCGGACACUGUUUGUCAGUGGUCUCCCUGUAGACAUCAAACCAAGAGAACUCUAUCUUCUCUUCCGGCCAUUUAAGGGAUAUGAAGGCUCACUGAUCAAACUCACAUCUAAACAGCCUGUAGGUUUUGUGACCUUUGACAGCCGUGCUGGAGCAGAAGCAGCCAAAAAUGCAUUGAAUGGUAUUCGUUUUGACCCCGAGAAUCCACAGACCUUAAGGUUAGAGUUUGCCAAAGCCAACACUAAAAUGGCAAAGAGCAAGCUGAUGGCAACACCAAAUCCCACCAGCAUUCACCCUGCCCUGGGCGCACACUUCAUUGCACGGGAUUCCUAUGACCUGACAGGAGCAUCCCUCUCCCCAAAGACAUAGGACUUGAAAACUCUCAGGAAUCAUUGGAUUCUCU